GUGGAAAUAAAAAGGAGGAGGCAUCAUUUACGAACACACAGAGACUGCUUCACUGGCGCUGAUGCUGUCGAUGUAGUAUUAAGUCAUCUUAUGCAGAACGUGUGCCUAAGUAGCAGUGACAUCUCUCGUCUUAAAGGAGUUCACCUUUGCCAACUUCUAAUGACGCAUAAAGUGUUUGAACCGGUCGGAAUGAAGCUGUUCAAAAACGACAGGGAACUGCAAUUUGAAGAUUCCAGCAGCAGUCUCUACAGAUUUCUAGGCAAUAAAUCGUCUUAUGCUUUUUGCAAGAGAAAAAAAGAUGCUGUGCAUGGACUGAUGGGUGACAUGAAUACAAAGAAUCUUUCCAGCAGAGCAGAAGAUGAAAUGAUUUCAAAUCCUCUAGCACAUGAGCUCUGUGAGGAAAGAACUGAGGAACUUAUUCAUGCAGUGAGUGGGGAUCUGCGCUUACCUCGUAUCCUGAUCAAUGAACCUGUUCUCCAGCUUUCAAAAGAAGCUAUCUGGAGACAACAGACAUUCUUAUGUAUUCUGCAGCUGAUUCACCUUCCAUUCUUGGAAAAUGUUUUAAAAGCUCCAGCUAAGACACACAGUCUUGGGGUAAGCAAGGAGGAAGACCUUGUUAUCGCUAACACUUGCCUGGACAGAGAGCUGAUUCCAAGCCUGUGUCUAACUGAAAUUGAUAACUGGCUUAAUGCAGCAGUUGAAUGCUUGGAGUAUUUCCCUGACCAAUUAAUAGUUAAAGUUAGUCAGCAGCUAAUGCAAAACGAAAAUGAAGAGGCAAGAUUGGAUAUUCAGAAGAAAUUACUCUUUGAUGUCAUAGUAAAAUAUUACAGUCAACAAGAGAGAUGUUGCCUAUUAACUGAUGACUAUUUUGAUAUUCAUUUGGGAAUUAUUGAACUUUUAGAAAAUGAGAAGAGAGCAGAAGCGCUUGAAGCAACCCAGCUCUACCUAAGACUGCUAUCACCCAACGUCAGGGAGGAGUUACGUCGGCUACUCACUUUUAUGGCUGUUGCAUCAGAGCCCACUGGCUACAGGUUGCAAAAACAGUGUGAUAACAAAACAGUGGUCAUGAAAACUCUUGCCAAAGCAGUUCUGCAAACCAGAUCGUUGCUAAAAGUCCGGGCAGAACAACUGACCUGCUUCCUACUGGACUUCCAUGCUGAGCUCUUCAAGACACCAGUCACCUUACUGGAUCUCAUCAGUAGGAAACUUAAGAAGCUUCGGCAUGGAGAAGAUCCUGAUGCAAUCUCAGGAAUCACUGAUAAUAAUACCUGCACAUCCAUAGCUUAG